CUCCAGCUCACCUUCGCAGCAAUCGGGGGCUUAGGGACGCCCAGCGAGGCGAUGUCAGAGUACGCCGCCCAGGAGGCCCUGCCGCCUCAGCCGAUGGAGCAGGACGCCCCGCCGCUUCCAGCAGAGGCAAACGGCGGGGAUGAGGGAGCAAAGGAGGACCGACGACGCAGCCGUGACCGUUCCGGCUCGCGCCGCCGCUCCCGCAGCCGCGACCGCAAGCGCCGCUCGCGCAGCAAGUCUCGCGACCGCAAGCGGCGCUCGCGCAGCCGCGACCGCGGCGACCGCUCCCGCGGCAAGGAGCGGGAGCGGGAGCGGUCCCGCGAGCGGCGGCGCGAGCGCCCGCGCUCCCCAGAGCGCACCUACCGCCGCCCGCGCAGCCCGCCGCGGCGGAGGGAGGUGACGCCGCCAGAGGUGCGCGCCGAGCGCGAGCGUGCGGCGGAGAUGGAGGCGCUCGACCGCGACACGCGCACCGUGUUUGCCUACAACCUGCCGCUGCGCGCGGAGGAGAAGGAGAUCUUCCAGUUCUUCAUCAAAGCGGGCCCCCUGAACGACAUCAAGGUCAUCACCGACAAGACCACGGGGCGCUCCAAGGGCUUUGCCUACAUCGAGUUCCAGCGCAAGGAAGACGUGAUCAACGCGCUGGCGCUGACGGGGCAGGUGCUCAUGGGGCAGGCCGUGAUGGUCAAGAUGAGCGAGGCGGAAAAGAACCUGGCCUGGGAGGCGGCGGAGCAGGCCAAGCGGCAGCAGAAGGAGCUGGAGCGGGAGCUGGGGCCGGGGGCCAUGGCCGCGCCGCUGCUGCCGCCGCCUAUGCCGCCGGGCAUGCCGGGGAUGGUGGGGCUGGCGAUGCCCAUGGCGCCCAUGGUGGCGGCGGGGCCCGCGCGCCUGGCCCUCUCCAACCUGCCCACCUCCAUCACGGAGACCGACCUGCGGCCCAUCUUUGAACCGUUUGGGGCGCUGGACUUUUUGACGCUGCAGCGCGACACCGCGGCGCGCCCCACCGGCAACGGCUUUGUGCAGUACCGCCUGCUGUCUGACGCCACCAAGGCCAAGGAGAACCUGAGCGGCCUGGACAUUGUGGGGCACCAGCUGGGGGUGGGCUGGGCCAAUGUGGAGACGCCUGUGGAGGCGGUGGCCAUUGCGCCGCCGCCGCCGCCGCUGCCGGUGGCGAUGGCGGCAGCGGAGCAGGUGGCGGACCAGCUGGACGAGCCGGCAGAGGGCACGGGCGGCGGGCUGAAACUGACGGGGCAGUCACGAGCGGCGCUGAUGAGCAAGCUGGCCGCCAACGCGGGGCUGGAUGUGUCCAAUGUGCCGCAGAUCCCGCUGCCGCAGGUUGCGCCGCAGCAGCCGCUGGUGCCCUCGGCGCUGGCGCUAGAGCAGGGCCUGCUGGGGCCGGCCUCGCCCAUCCCCACGCAGUGCCUGCUGCUGAAGAACAUGUUCGACCCCGCAGAGGAGACGGCGGACAACUGGGAUGCGGAGAUUGCAGAGGAUGUGGGCAGCGAGUGCCAGAAGUACGGGCCGGUGGAGCAUGUGUUUGUGGACAGGAACUCGCGCGGAUUUGUUUACGUGAAGUUCACAGCGAUUUCUUCGGCCGCCAACGCCCAGCGGGCGCUGCACGGCCGCUGGUUUGCGGCGCGCCAGAUCGCAGCGGACUUCCAGUUCACGCCCAUCUACAACCAGCACUUUGGGGUCUAGGGGCCACACUGCUUCCUGGCGUGCGAGCGACGGUGGCGGGCAGUUGGCUUGUCAUAGAUGGUUGGAUGUGUGGAUGGGAGAUGGAAGGCGGUACGGCAAACAUCCUCUGCUCUCACUCAGCCCUUCGAAUACGCCCUGGCAGGCCGAGCGAGAUGGCGACGAGCGAGCUGGCGGCGGCGCUGGACACUUGAGCAUGCAGGUCACGGCAGCGGCAAUCUGCAGUGCAGGUCGAGGCCUCCUCCCAAGCACACAUCAGCGCCUUGUGCUGCGCACCUGGCGCCCGCUGCCCCCGUCCUGUGUAACUCUGCACCUUCCGCAGGUUGUUGUCUGAGCGCUCGCUUCCAUCGCUGCCCUGCUCCUUCUCUGGCAGAGGUAUUGGCUGCCCCUCCCGUUAUCUGCCUGCCGGCCUGCCCUUCCUUUCCUCUGCUUCUUUCAUGCUGCCCUGCACGCUGCUCCUGGCUGCACCUUCUGAACCGGCUGUCACCGCCACUGGCACUCUUUCAGGUCCUGCUUCGGCCGUGGCUUUGCCUCCCCAACAGCUCGGCGGUAGGUGAUGCGCUUCUGGUGCUGCUCCAUUCUGUUUCUUCCUUUCUUGCAACUUGACUCUGUCUGCUCCACUGACGAAAAUCAGCCUGUGUAACAUUCACCUUUGC